CUUUUGAGUUGGUUCCUGUAAUAGUGGCGCCAAAGGACGCUCUCGUCGACGAGAUUACGCAGCAAGAAGUAAGGGAGCGAGCGAAAGCCGACCUGAAUAUUCUACCGGGUUUCAUGCUGUACACUCUAAAACGUGGUAAGAAAGCGAAAGCGCGUUUCGUUGUAAACGGCAAAUCGGACAAACGGUUUCUGGAUCCGGAGGACAAGAAGAUGGCGAGACAGAAGAGAAAAGGCAAAAGUACUAGUGAUCGUGGUCCUUCAUCUCCUGUGAGUCAUAAAAGUACUAUGGCUUCGGCUUCUAGUAAUAGUCAACGCAGAAAUGGAACUGAGAGUCAAAUAUCUGCCGACCCCGACAACACAACUAGCUCUUCGUCAGGAACAUUCACCACUUCUUCCUCCAAUCAUGUUCCAUGUAAUCACGGACACACUCGCUCCGAAAAAACAGCGAGAAGAACCAAGAAUGAACAUCUUCUCCCGCUCACCAGUAAUACUGGAGGACCUCUACUAGAAGGGAUAGGGAAAGAAUCCACUCCGCAGACAGCAGGAGAGACAGGAGAGGACUCGUCCGGUGAUAUUUUGCAGAGCUUGCUA